GCUCUCCAGAGCCGGACCAGCCCCGCCCCAGCGUGGGGGCGGAGGGGGAGGAAGGGAGGGUAGGAGGAUGGGGAGACCGAGACCCAAGAUCCCUCGUGGAAGGAGGCACUGGGGAUCGGGAGGAGGAGGAGGAAAGGGAGAGCGGACGGCAGGACUUCACGGUCACGCACCGACGCGUCCAGGCUCACGGACCCCGAUCCGCCCGAUAAGUCAAGCCGGAGUCUGACACCUCCGGGGACGGCGGUGGCAAGAGACGCAGGUCAAGCAGGAUAUGUCACCCCAGUUGUCGCUGAUCCCCCCGAGGGCGAUGACCAGGUCCUCCAAAUUAGGAGCUUCCAGUAGCCCGCCCGUGCACGGCUUUGGGGGCAUCCUGACGGCACUUGGGGACUUUGGGCCCUUCCAGAAGUGGCUGGUGUUCUGGCUGGCCCUUCCCAGCAUGAUCAGCCCCUUCUUCUUCUUCGGCCAAAUGUUCAUGCUUCUGGAGCCGCAACACCAUUGCAACACCUCCUGGAUCCUGGCCCUGAGCCCCAACCUGAGCAAAGAGCAGCAGCUUUACCUGACCCUCCCACGCCAGGCCAAUGGGACCUUCGAGGCCUGCCGCAUGUACAGACCAGAACCGGGGUGGGGCAUUGACAAGAUCAUCUCCUUCGGACUGAACGAAACAGAGGACUGCCAGGAUGGCUGGGUAUACCUCUCGGAGGAGCCGCCUUCUCUGGUCACCGAGUUCAACCUGGUCUGCGACCGGAAGUAUGAGAAGGAGGUCUCCCAGUCCAUCUUCAUGGCCGGGCUGCUGCUUGGGGCAGCCACCUUCGGUCCACUCAGUGACAGGUUCGGCCGCCGCAUCACCAUCCUUGUGGAGCUGCUGCUGCAGGCCGUAAUCGGCAUCGGUACGGCCUUCGUCCCCAACUUCUACCUGUACAUGGCGCUGCGGUUUGUGGUGGGCACUGCCGUCUCUGGAUUCGCCAUCAGCUAUAUCACCUUGACCACAGAAUGGGUAGGGCCCACCCAACGAACGCUGGCGGUGACCAUCGCACCCUGCUUCUUUGCAUUGGGUCAGAUGGUCCUGGCGGGGCUGGCCUACGGGUUGCGGAACUGGAGGCUACUGCAGCUCGCCGGUGCAUCCCCCAUCGUCCUGCUCUUUUUCUAUGUCUGGGUCCUCCCAGAGUCAGCACGUUGGCUCCUGGUCCGUGGGAGAGUGGAUGAGGCCCGGGAGCUCAUGAAGAAAGCAGCAGGCUGCAACCACCGCAUGAUCCCUCAGGAGCUGCUGGACAAGCUCCAAAAUGAGACAAAGCCACCACGAGGGAAUAUCCUAGACCUCUUCCGCCAACAGCACCUCAGGAAAGUGACGCUCAUUCUGCUGGCAGUGUGGUUUGUGGACAGCCUGGUGUACUAUGGACUGAGCCUGAACGUGGGGAGCUUUGGCCUGGACAUCUAUCUGACGCAGCUGGUGUUCGGGCUAGUGGAGUUGCCUGCCCGCCUUGGCUGUGUCGUCGUGCUCCAGCGCUUUGGCAGGAGGCGGUGCCAGGCUUGGACACUUAUCGCCGGGGGCGGCAUGUGCCUCAUCAUCAUCUUCAUCCCCUCAGACUUUCCCGUGCUCAUCACAGUGCUGGCGGUCAUCGGCAAGUUUGCCACCACAGCGGCUUUUACCAUCUCCUACAUCUACUCGGCUGAGCUGUUCCCCACCAUCAUCAGGCAGACGGGCAUGGGGCUGGUGGCCAUGGCCUCGCGGACUGCUGGCAUCAUCACCCCUCUGAUCGGGCUGCUGAGAGAGUAUCACCCUGCCAUCCCCAUGGCUAUCUUCGGGAGCAUCCCGAUACUCGUGGGGGUCCUCUGCUUCCUGCUCCCGGAAACCAAGGACCGGGAACUCCAAGACUGGCUGGACGGCCCCGGCAACACUCACCAGACCAAGGGGGCAGCCGGAGGCUGCAAUGGACAAGACCAGGUGAAGGAAGCGAAAACAGAUGUGAGGACGGAUGCCCUUCCCUCCACCUACCUGUGACUGAGCUGGCGGCACAUGGUCCAGGUGGCUGAGCUCAAGGGACCCUGGGUGCUGAGUGCUGGUGGAGACACCCUGGCUCUGGUCCUGGGGCUCAGAAACCCCCUUUCCUAGGGACACCCUAGCAGACAGACCAUCCCCUUGCCCACCCUGUGCUCACCUCUCCACCCACGGAUGGUGGCACUGGGCAGGGAAAGUUUCCCUGACCUCUCCCUGCAACCCCUCUCCCACCAGCCUGGCCAGCAGCUGGUCUGGUCUCCAGCUGGGGACAAGUAGAGGAAACAUCCUGACCCUCAUCAUCCACUCAGUUUGGUGACAGUUUGGCAAAGCACAGUUGUUCGAAGGCCCCCUUCCCUCACAGCUCCCGGAUCUCAACCCCAAUCUGGUGUCACCUUGGCCACCUGAUGAGGGAGCUGGGGCGAGGGAGUCACGGAGGAGAAGCAGAGACGUGCAGCCGUCUGAUUCCUGAUUCCUGGAGGCAGGGGCUGGAUUGGACGUCCUUUACAGUCCUUUCUGCCCCAGUCCUCCCAACUCCCUUUCCUUCUCCCUGUCCUGGGAUUGGGGUCGGCCCUUGAUCCAGGGUUGUCAGUUUAGCAUGGCUCCUAAGUAAACUCCAGGAAUACUUUUUCCUUGGGGGCUGAAAUUGGGGCCGUUUUUCCCCACUAUGGAAAAUGAAGGUGAGAACCAGACCUUUCAUGCUGCUAAAGGGAGAGGUGGGGUUAACCCCCAGCCCAGGACACAGUGAAGCCAGCAGCCAGUCCUGAACCAGAAUCCCAAACAAGAUAAUCAUCUGGACGAGUAUUUAAUGGGCAGCUCAACUGGGAAGAAAAUCACAACAGAAAAUACUCAUCAAAACUGUGCCAAGUGAUCCUUGCAGCGGAGGAGGACUGAAACAAUCAGGAUCGAACUGAGAGUUUGAGUAACAAGGAAAAUGCCUCAUGUUAGAUGCUCUGCUAGAUCCUGUGCCAAGCUUGGAGAGAUGGAGUUUGUCUCAGAAUACCCCUAAAUUGAGAUCAUCUAAACUGUUAGCUCGCUGUGGUCAGGGAACAUGUCUAUCAAGUCUGUUA